AUGAAGAAAGUUGUGUUAAAGUUAGAGAUAAAUAAAAACAAAAUCAAGAAAAAAGCUAUGAAAGCAGUCUUAGGCCUUUCAGGAGUUGAAUCAUUUUCAAUGGACAUGAAAGAGAAGAAAUUGACCUUAAUAGGAAACAUUGAUCCUGGAAAAGUAGUGGCUAAGCUAAGAAAGUUUUGUCAAGCUGAAAUAAUUUCGGUUGGACCAGCUAAAGAGGAAAAGAAAGAUGAACCUAAGGAUUCAACAAAUGUAAAUUACAUUAACCCGAUGUUCUAUGGGGCUGAUAGCAUUGAAGAGAAACUCCAUCCUAAUAGUAAUUUUUCAUUUGACAAUCACUACAAAAUAAGUUGUGUGUUGCCACGUGACUCCCACUCUGUACUCUGUGUAAAGCUCCUCCAUCCUAUCAACUUCCAGAAUUAUCGAGAAGGUUUAGGUAAGCACUCAAGAAGAAUCAGAGCAAAAACUAGGGAAAAUCGCAAGAUUUCAGAAAAGUUUUCUGCAUACUCCAGGAGAUGA